GCGAGUGUCCUGGUGGCCGAGGGGAGGGGUCAGCCGCCUCCGCGCAUGCCCCGUGCGCUCGCAGGCCCGGCGGUAGUGAUGGCGGCUCGUUGCGUGAGGCUGGCGCGGCACAGCCUCCCGGCUUUGGCGUUGUCUCUCAGGUCCUCUCCUCGACUGCUGUGCACAGCUACAAAACAGAAGAACAAUGGCCAGAACUUGGAAGAGGACAUGGGUCAGAAUGAACAGAAGACAGAUCUGCCCUCUGCAGAGAAGACACUGAUGGAAGAGAAGGUCAAGCUGGAAGAGCAGCUAAAGGAGACCAUGGAAAAGUAUAAGCGAGCUUUAGCAGAUACUGAGAACUUGCGGCAGAGGAGCCAAAAACUGGUGGAGGAGGCGAAGCUAUAUGGUAACUUUCAACAUUACAUGGUAUUGAUCGUGGGGAAACACGGGGCAAGGGAGGGGGUGCCAGGCAGAGUGGUCAGCCCCGUGAGGAGGUGGGGAGCCUGCAGGUUGCACUCCCUCCAGGUUUUGAGGUGGGUCAGCCGUUGUCUAGAAGGAGCCAAAUUGCCCUUACGACUCGCACUCGGAGUGCUGAGCGUGGUUCCUUCAACGAGGGGCGUGUGCCCUGCUCUUCCACACCGAGACCUCAGUGUGAGCCUGCAGGUAACGAGCAGGUCGGCUCCGUGAGGUUCAGUUCCUCAGCCGGAGCAGCCCUAACGUUGGUCUCGCUUAGGGCCUCCUCACAUUCUGUCUGCACUGUCACCUUUGUAUGUUUCCGUCAUCAUCCUUCCCGUUUUUACAGUUGAGGUCAGUGAGGCUGAAAUGACUUGCCAUUCAGCACAGACCUGGUAGUGGCGCUGGCACUGAGGCCCGUCUCCCAACCCCAGAUGUGUCGUGUUGAUUACCCAAAAGCCUACCCUUUGAGUACCUGUGGGGACGGAGCUUUCAGUCCCCCUGUCGUAGAUGCAGAACCUCAGGUUCACAGUAAGACCUUGGGUGCUCACAGUGGAAACUAUUGAUAAGAUCCGAGUUCAACACAGAGAACAAAUCUCUCUUUUUAAAAAAAAUUUUAUUGAAGUAUAGUUGAUGUACAAUGUUGUGUUAAUUUCUGCUGUACAGCAAAGUGAUUCGGUUAUACAUAUAUAUAUAUUCCCUUUUUUAUAUUCUUUUCCAUUAUGGUUUAUCACAGGAUAUUGACUAUAGUUCCCUGUGCUCUACAGUAGGACCUUGUUGUUUAUCCAUCCCAUAUAUAAUAGUUUGCAUCUGCUCAUCCCAAACUCCCACUCCAUCCCUUCCCCACUCGCCUGCCUUGUCCACCACAAGUCUGUUCUCUGUGAUUCUGUUUUUGUUUCAUAGAUAGGUUCAUUUGUGCCAGACUUUAGAUUCCACAUAUAAGUGAUAUCAUAUGGUAUUUGUCUUCCUCUUUCUGACUUACUUCACUUCGUAUGAUAAUCUCUAGUUGCAUCUGUGUUGCUGCAAAUGGCAUAAUUUCGUCUUUUUUUUAAUGGCUGAGUCAUAUUUCAUUGAAUAUACAUAUAUACCACAUCUUCUUUAUCCAUUCAUCUGUCAUUGAACAUUUCCAUGUUUCCAUGGCUUGGCUAUUGUUAAGUAGUGCAGCUGUGAACAUAGGAGUGCAUGUAUCUUUUUGAAUUAUGGUUUUGUCUGGAUGUAUGCCCAGGAGUGGGAUUGCUGGAUCAUAUGGCAACUCUAGUUUUAGUUUUUUUGAGGAACCUCCAUACUGUUCUCCAUAGUAGCUGUACCAGUUUACAUUCCCACCAACAGUAUAGGAGGGUUCUCUUUUCUCCACACCCUCUCCAGCAUUUGUUAUUUGUAGACCUUUUAAUGGUGGCCAUUCUGACUGGUGUGAGGUAGUACCUCAUUGUAGUUUUGAUUUGCAUUUCUCUAAUAAUUAGCGAUGUUGAGCGUCUUUUCAUGUGCUUAUUGGCCAUCUGUAUGUCUUCUUUGGAGAAAGGUCUAUUUCAGUCUUCUGCCCAUUUUUUGAUUGAGUUGUUUGGUUUUUUGUUAUUGAGUUUUAUGAGCUGUUUGUAUAUUUUGGAAAUUAAGCCCUUGUAGGUUGCAUCAUUUGCAAAUAUUUUCUCCCAGUCUGUAUGUUGUCUUUUUGUUUUGUUUUUAGUUUCCUUUGCUGUGCUAAAGCUUGUAAGUUUGAUGGGACCCAUUUGUUUAUUUUUGCUUUUAUCUCUAUUGCCUUGGGAGACUGACAUGAGAAAACAUUGGUACAAUUUAUGUCAGAAAAUGUUUUGCCUUUGUUCUCUUGUAGGAGUUUUACGGUGUCUUGUCUUAUAUUUAGGUCUUUAAGCCAUUUUGAGUUUAUUUGUGUGUAUGGUGAGAGGGUGUGUUCUAACUUCAUUGAUUGACCUGUGGCUGUCCAACUCUACUAACACCACUUGCUAAAGAGAUUGUCGUUUCUCCAUUGAAUAUUCUUGUCUCUUUUGUCAAAGAUUAAUUGACCGCAGGUGUGUGGGUUUAUUGCUGGGCUCUCUGUUCUGUUCCAUUGAUCUAUAUGUUUGUUGUUGUGCCAGUACCAUGCUGUUUUGAUUACUGUAGCUUUGUAGUAUUGUCUGAAGUCUGGGAGGGUUAUGCCUCCAGCUUUGUUCUUUUUCCUCAGGAUUGCUUUGGCAGUUCUGAGUCUUGUGGUUCCAUAUAAAUUUUAGGAUUAUUUGUUCUAGUUCUGUGGAAAAUGUCAUGGGUAAUUUGACAGGGAUCACGUUAAAUCUGUAGAUUGCUUUGGGUAGUAUGGCCAUUUUAACAGUGU